AGGUAGGUUCAGUGCAGCAUUAGGACAUAUGAAACAGUUGUUGUUGUGUCUCUGGCUCUAAUCAGCACAAGGGACGCACUCUGUGACACUUUACAUCGACUAGAGUAGCAUUUAUACGCUAUUAUUAUUAUUAUACAGGCGAGCCCAAAGUUAGCGACGUAAACACGGGAAGAAAAACACAAUAUUAGGUUGUGUGGUGUCAUAGAAUUGUAACCUGUGUUUAAAAAAAACAAAAACACGACAGUGAUUAAAUGCCAAAGAUUGUCAACCCUGUCCACGUGACCGGUUCCUAAUCUGGACAGAGUCUACAGCGUUGUUGUUCCACCUUCAGAGGACAAUGCCGACUCACUCGCUGCCUCAGUUUGUGGAGAGCCCAGAUGGACUUGCCCAAGAUAUUCUUAUUAGUAACAAUGCAAGUGUACCAGGACCCGGCUGUAGCAUGACACCGCACACCAUUUACUCAGAAAAGGCUGUGUUGCAAUCCGGAGGAAGCAUACCACUAUCGUGUAUGUUCUGUGAUCAGACUUUUACCCAUCAGGAUGAGCUGGGACCCCACGUAUUGACGCAGCACCCCACUACUUUCUUUGAACCAGCCGUGCUUAGAGUUGAAGCAGAGUUCAGGAUCCCAGGAGAGCGACCCUGGCCCAAACCGAGCAACUUCCCCGUUGAUAAAGAAGAGGUUCACAGCUGUAUCGUGUGUGAUCAGGUGUCACAUGAUGCCACUGAGCUGGAGACCCACAUGAGGAAGCACAAGGACUACUUCACUUACUGCUGCAGUGUCUGUGGACGUCGGUUUAGAGAGCCGUGGUUCCUCAAGAAUCACAUGAAAAUGCAUGUUAAAUCGGGCGCAAAGAGCAAAGCCCAGCAAGAUCUGGAGAUACCGGUCACAGUCAAUGACAUCGUCCAAGACCUUGCUCCAGAACCAGUAGUCACUGUUUACAAGAUGUGCAUGGUGUGUGGGUUUUUCUUCCCUGACCACGACAGUUUGGCGGAACACAGUAAAGUUCAUAAUCGAGAGGUGGAGCCAGGCAAAGAUAAAGAUGAGGAGAAAAUGGAUGUCACUACUGAAUCCUCUGCCAAGCAGGAAUCAUUUCUUCACGGUCUAAACCUUAUGCCUCGAUCUACAGGAAAUAGUUUACAACAUGCAAGAUCAUCAAAAUGGAUUCCUCAGCUGGAUCCCUUCAACACAUACCAAGCCUGGCAACUUGCUACAAAGGGCAAGAUAGCAGUUGGUCCUAAUAAUAUUAAAGACAUUGGCCAGGAAGCCAGCACAGACAAUGAAGAAUGCAGCUCUGAUAAGGAGGAGUUGAGUCACAUUUGGUCUGAGGGACAAGGAGACAAGGCUACAAAAGGGAUCCUUGGGAGAGAGCUCAAGUCUCAGCAGCCGACGGUAGUGGACCACGCAGCCCCGCAACGGCGGUCUCUAAUGCAAAAAAGUAAGGUCAAAGAAAGGCCAACCACUUGUCAUGAAUGUCAGAGAACCUUCAGGACCUACCACCAGUUAGUUCUCCACUCCAGGGUCCACAAGCGUGAGAGAGGCGGCGAAGAGAGUCCAACUUCCUCUGUUGAUGGGAAGUUGUCAAGAGCAGGCUCCAUUGAGCAUGCAGAGGAAGGCUGUGAGGAGGGCUUCGAGGAGGCAGCAUUGACGGAAAACCUGGGUCCAGGUGAAGAUGGUUUUGACCGUUCAAAGGUCAGAUCAAAAGCAUGCAGUUACUGUGCCAAAUCAUUCCGAUCAAGCUAUUACCUCACAGUUCAUCUGAGGACUCACACAGGUGAAAAACCGUUCAAGUGUGCUUACUGCGACUACGCUGCAGCCCAGAAGACUUCACUGAAAUAUCACCUGGAUCGCCGUCACAAGGACAAACCUUUCGUUGAUAUUCCCAGCAAACCUGUGCCUUCAGUGCUCUCCCCUCGAAAACAUGCAAAUGACAAUGAAAACCCUGCUCCAAAUAGAUCCAAACUUUGGGUCCCUGGAACCAGAUCGUGUACCAAUGGAACACCAGCGGACAGAUUUGAUAGCAUAGGUAGUAGCAAGCUUGGCCAACCACUCGUACAGAUCAAUGCUGAGUAUGAGAAAUUAAUUGCCAAGUCUGCUCACUCCCCGACUGAUGAUGGAGUCAUAAAGUGCCCCAAACCUGUUAACCUGAAGAUGGAAAGGGAGGAGAUAAAAGACGAGAACUCUGAGGCCCCAUUAAAUCUGUCCUUAAAAGUGUCCCUGUCCAUCCCUGCUAGUAGAGAACCCAGAAAUACAUUAAUUCCAAUCGGUUGUUCGUUUUGUUCAUAUAAAACCAUGUACCCAGAGGUUCUGAUAAUGCACAAAAAGCUCACUCAUAAAGACCAGUCAGACAGUCCAAAAAAGAAUGGAUUUGGCAGUUUGAAAGAAAAACGUUUCACAGGUUGCCCCCCUGCGCUCGAAGGGAAAGACGUCAGCCCGCUUCCGAUGAUUGACCGGCGCCACCCUCGUCGAACCAAGUCCCCACCCCCCCAGCCUGCAAAACCAGAAGAAAAGACGCCUAUUAAACCACCGCAGGCCCCGAAGCGGUCCCCUAUCCACACACCCGUACACGAGGUUGUCGAAGAGACCCAGCGCUGCGCACAAACCGCCGACACGCGUCCCAGUCAGGAAUCCUCCAGGUAUACGGAGCUCAUGAGGAAGUCCAACACGGGGAGCAAGUAUGCCAUGGACCGACCAGGCCCCCCAGACAGAGUGGGAAUUGGUGAGAGGAGUUACCCAGCGAGGAGCGGCGUCAUUUGGCACGCGGAUGCUGCCAGGCUGUGCCUGUCGAGCCGAUUUGGGAGCCUCCCCCAGAUGGAUUUUGGUGAGCCUUCCAGCAAGAGACUGAAGUACGCGGUACCUAAAGGCAGGGAAGCUGACACCGGUGAGAAGCCUGGCUUCAGAGGACCAGCAGGGAAUGCGUCCAACAGGCUGCUCCUCUCAGGGAGAAGUGUGAAAACCGCCUCACAAAUGUCGUGUCCGUCCACAGUUUCUGACGCCUUAGGUUCUUUGACGUCUUCAGCGGCUAUUGGGGGAGGCUUGGACUCCGAGUGGAGCAUGAUGAACCUUCUGCGCUCCUACACACCCAGUGACCUGGCAUCUCUCUAUCAUGGCUCACCAGUCAACCCCAGUCACGGAGGACUGGUCAACCCAAGAGCAGGGAGCCGAACUGUGCUGUACCAACACUUACCCACCCUGUCCAACCUUCAGAGGAGAGACCCGUCGGGCCCUUUCCCUAAUCAACGCUAUGGCACCACUGACAAAAGUAUCUAAAGUGGCACCGAGGUAAAAGGUUGAAACAUAUUUUGUGAAGUACAUACAAUUAGAGCUUUUUUUUUCCUGAUUUUCAAACCCUGACCAGAAUAUUUUACCUGGUACUUGAUAAAAAAAUGAAUCGAGUCAUAUUUGAAAACGUAAAGUAUAUUUUUCUUCUAUUUUACUGCUCCCUUAUUUUGGAGAACUUCUUGAAGAAUUUGUUCAAUAUUCAGAUUAAAGAGAGACGUUUCAUGCUCAAAAUGUCAAGAUUCCCCUAAUUUCAUAUUUUUUCAAUAGUAGGGAAAGUGUGUUUCAUAAACAUUUCAUGGCUGAGGCCUUUAAUGAACUAUUUUUCUUUUUUGAAUGAAAAAGUGCAUCGGCUCUCUUUUGGAAAUGUUAUUCCACUGGUGUGCACUGUGAUAUUUGUUUCCGUUCAGAACUGUUGCUUGCUCCAGAUUUGACCCACACCAAUGCUCAGAUAUCUGUAAGUGUCUGUGACAUAACGGUAAACUUUGUAUGUGGGAUAACUUAAAUAUAUCUGUAAGCUUUCAGUACAUAGAAAUGAUAUAAAGUAAAAACUUAAGAAAUGUAA